AGGUAUGACAUUACAAACUGCAUCGGUUACAGUUUUUAGUUAUAUUUUAGACAACCGAAGUAGUAAAAUGAGAAUUUUGCAGAGUUUUUCUUCUAUUUUUAGCAGAGUUACCUCUUGCAUCACCAAAAAGCCAUAUUUAUUUGAUAAACAUCAGGUGUCUCGGAUCAAGCUCAGACUUUCCUAACAGGAUUUGAAUCAAAAUGCACCCGAUCAGGCCAGACUGUCAUUCUCGGCCUAUGCUACCCACGUUCCCUUUGGGGCCCCGCUUUCCACAGCCGACUACAAUGAUGAACACCCCCAACAUGUACAAUGUACCACAGCAAAUUAGACCGCCAGUGCACCUCAAUAGUCACGCUAAUUUUCACAAUCCCAGCCAGCAACUGCCGCAUCAAUGGCCCGUGCAAAACGUCCUAGGACCACACCCUCAGCAAAUGAUGAGGGCCCCGUCAGGAAUGAUGAUGACGCCUGGGACCCCUCAAAUGGUUCCUGUUGGAUUUAUGAAUGGAGAAAUUUUGUUUGAGCAGGUACAUCCCUUAAUGUCUGCAGCACCUCCCCAAAACCUCUUCACGUCAAUUAAUGCAAGGAAGACUGAACACGUGCGGGAGCGACCGUAUAUUAAGAAGCCGCCAAAUGCUUUUAUGUUGUUUGCAAAUAAGUACAGAGAAAUAGUCACCAUGCAACUGGAAAAGAGAGACAGUGCAUCUGUUCAUGUGGCCCUUGGUAAAAUGUGGAAGUUGCUCCCGCAGGCAGACAGGGACAAAUAUUAUGAGGAAGCCGAUGCUCAGAAACGACGUCACGCACAACUGUAUCCUCGCUGGUCCACCUGUGAAAACUACGGGAAACGCAGGAAGCGGCGGAAAAGUAAACUUCCAUCCAGUGUUUCAAGGGAUACACCCGACUCAGAACAUGUCAGUAGUAUGAGUAUGUGUCUUGCUCCAGUCCAGACAGGCAUGAUGGCAUCGGAAGAAUUAGACUCUUCUUCAGCCACGACUGGUGCAGACACUCCAGAGACCAUGCAGUACAACUCCCAAUCUCUUUCUGCCCUGAGUUCUGACGAGUCCGAGGAUGCAGCCACUGAGGAGAACUUUACACAGCUGCCAUGUGUCGAGAAUGACAUUCGGGUGGCUCCUGAUGGACCGACGCAGGGAGAAACUCUUGAGAAUGACCAGGCAUUGAAUCUCCUCGAUUGUAUGCUUCUGUCUCCUGCGUCUCAGAUUGAGCUCCAGAGUGUCGGGGAUGGCUUCCAAUUGUUCCUGGAACAUUUUGAGCCAGAGACUGUCGCAGUACAUACAGAGACUGAGGAAUCCAGAAAGCCACUGAGUUUAGAAGAAUCACAGCAGCUCAUCAUCAAGCUAUUUGACAACCCUGCACUGACAGGGAACAUCAUGGUCGGGACCCAACAGGGUCACACAAUAACAGCUAGUUCCUCCAAGCCUCUGAGCAAAUACAUUCAGUUACCUUCCACUGCCGAGAGAGGCAACUCCAGUCAGACAAUGGCGAUCGGGACCUUGAAACAAGAGGUCGAGGUCCAAAUAACAAUGGGACAUCUUGAAAUUCCCACCUCUGUGGCAGUCGAUGUCAAGGAUGAACCCCAGCUGCCCCUCACCAUCCAGAGUCAGAAAAUAACACAAGUGGCCAUUGCCCACGUUGUACACAAUCACAUGUUAGAAGCAGAGCCGCCAAGUCUACAGAGUCGAGACAAAGUUCUCCAACUACCAUCUGGGAACGAUCUUAACUCCUCUGCUGGACACUCGUGGAGCUUUAAGGAAGAGGCUCUGGCUCUGCACAGCCAGAAAAUGAGAGUGUCCCUUCAGUCUCUGAGUAAAGAAAACCUGUCUGGACAGUUGCCACAUUUUGAGUGCCUCUCCUCUGCAGACGAUUCAAGAGAGGAAGACCUCCUCCAGUGCCUCAGCUUUGGUGACGAACUGCAAUUGUCUCCUGAUUUUAACGCUGGAAGAUCGUGAGUUGCUGAAGUUUUUUAUGUUUGACUUUGUGUCUCCCAGGGCUGGACAUGUGGUGGCAAAGAGGGAACCACUGUUUACAUACAUUAGAAUAGUCAACCAGGGCCUCUCAAAGGCUUUCUGUAUGGCAUGUUUGGUGCAGUGUUGCUCAUCAGACUCUGUAGGAAAUAGUUUUAGAAAUAGUUUUACAAAACUGAAGUUGGCUUUAAGGGGGUUAAAAUAUAUUUUCUUCUAGUCUUCCCUCACUUUAGAAACCCCUACAGUAGAUAUUCUCUUGACUAUAUAUAUAUAUAUACAUAUAUAUAUAUUUUUUAUUAUCAUUAGUUUUAUUUUUAUUUGAUCUGCCUGUUGCGUCUUUUUUCAUUUGUAUUUUGAUGACGUGCGACAUCAAAUCCGACAGCAUAUACAGGUAAAAGCCAGUAAAUUA